GUUCAAGAUGGCUGAUAAAACUGCGGUGGUACAUUUUUUCCAUUCAAUUUGUUUUCUUGUGCUCUUCUCGCCAUCAUCGGUCUGUCUGACAUUUGUUUCUUUAGGUCGCUGAACUGUUCGAUACGAUUCUGGUGUUUUUCACCCUUUGAUCGAAUUCACGGGGCAUAUCUGACAGUGUAAUUUGGAGUGUUUUAGGUUCUUGAUUUUGGGUUUGUCUCCUCCCCUCUUGUGGGGGGUUUUUGUUUUGUGCGGGCUUGCUAACCUUUCUGUACGAGUGCAGAUCCCAAUAUAGUCACUUGAUUACCCGUCGUCUUCGUGAACUCAAUGUCUACGCUGAGAUGCUCCCGUGUACUCAGAAACUCGCAGACCUGUCAUGGAAGCCGAAGGGCGUGAUUCUCUCCGGGUCUCCAUAUUCUGUCUAUGAUGCCGACGCACCACACGCCGAUCCUGCUGUUUUUGAGCUUGAGGUGUUAUCACAUACUCUCCCCCCCACCACUUCCAACAAAGCUGACGUGUGCCUCUCCCCAAAGGUUCCAGUCCUCGGGGUCUGCUACGGCCUCCAAGAAAUUGCCUGGAACUACGGCAAGGACGUCUCCGCUGGCAAUCGCAAAGAGUACGGCCAUGCCAUCCUCAGCGUGACCAGACACAUUGACGCUCCCUCUCACAUCGACAUCCUAUUUUCUGGCCUGACGGAUGAACUUGAGGUAUGGAUGUCCCACGGCGACAAGCUCCGCGCUCUGCCAAAGGACUUUGUCACCAUUGCUACCACCUCCAACGCGCCCUUUGCCGGAAUCGCACAUAUGCAGAAGAAGCUCUACGGCAUCCAGUUCCAUCCGGAGGUUACGCAUACUCCCUGCGGGAAGGCGUUGGUUGAAAACUUUGCUGUUAAGCUCUGCCAGUGCAAGCAGAAUUGGACCAUGGAGAGGUUUGUCGACACCGAAAUUGAUAGAAUCAGGAAGGUUGUCGGGCCCACGGGACAGGUUAUCGGGGCUGUUUCUGGAGGUGUCGAUUCCACGGUUGCAGCGAAGCUAAUGCAUGAGGCCAUUGGUGACCGGUUCCAUGCUAUUCUCGUUGACAACGGCGUUAUGAGGUUAAACGAAUGUGCAAUUGCGCAUAAGACCUUGACUGAAGGGUUGGGGAUUAACCUUACUGUUGUUGAUGCCUCUGAGGAGUUCUUGGGGAAGCUUAAGGGUGUCGAGGAUCCUGAGAGGAAGAGGAAGAUCAUUGGAAAUACCUUUAUUGAGGUUUUCCAGAGGGAGGCUGAGAGGGUCAUGAGGGAGAGUGGCGGUGCUGUGGAUUUCUUGCUUCAGGGGACUUUGUACCCGGAUGUCAUUGAGAGCAUAUCUUUCAAGGGCCCUAGCGCUACUAUUAAGACGCACCACGAAUGUACCCUCCUUCUCUCAUCCUCAGGUGUCUGCUAACAAAAAGGUUAGAAUGUGGGUGGCCUCCUAGAAAACAUGAAACUCAAGCUUAUUGAGCCCCUUCGCGAACUCUUCAAAGGUAACCUCCCGCCCUCCCCUUCGCAUGCGAAGGGUGCAAACUAACAGCUUCAAAAAAAAAAGACGAAGUUCGCGUCCUCGGCACAAACCUCGGCAUCCCGGAAGACCUAGUCUGGCGCCACCCCUUCCCGGGCCCUGGCAUAGCCAUCCGCAUCCUGGGAGAAGUGACUCCCACGCAAGUCGCCAUCGCUCGUAAAGCGGAUCAUAUCUACAUCGAGGAGAUCAAGGCCGCUGGCCUCUACCGCAAGAUAUCCCAAGCCUACGCUGCGCUCCUACCCGUCCGCGCUGUCGGUGUCAUGGGUGACAAGCGGGUCCACGACCAGGUCAUCGCCCUGAGAGCCGUCGAGACCACGGACUACAUGACAGCCGAUUGGUUCGAUUUUGACGGAAAGUUCCUGAGGAAAGUUGCCGGCCGGAUUGUCAACGAGGUGGAUGGCGUUUGUAGGGUUGUCUACGAUGUUACACAGAAACCCCCGGGGACUAUUGAGUUUCAGUAGUCUAGAGGUUGCCUGGUUUGCAAAUGGGUUUUUAGACAAUAGAUGGGGCCAAGUUUAUUA